AUGGGUGGAGGCCACCCCAUGCAGACCGUGCUGUUGGCCCCCGGCGUUAAGGACAAGAGGCUGGUCUCGUUCACCCGCGGCGCGCUCAAGGAGAAGGACGCCGUCACCGGAAUCAUCCGUUCCAUCGUCGCCACGGCCAACCCCGCCCAGCGGAGCGCCUUCCAUGUAUUGGACCUCAACAAGGUCCUAGACCUCUUCUCAUCGUGGCGCCGCGCGCUCCCCGACGUGCGCCCCUACUACGCCGUCAAGUGCAACCCCGAGCCGGCGAUUCUCGGCGCGCUCGCCGCGCUCGGCGCGGGAUUCGACUGCGCCAGCCGCGCCGAGAUCGAGGCCGUGCUCCGUCUCGGAGUUCAGCCCAGCAGCAUCGUCUACGCCAACCCCUGCAAGCCCGAGCCACACCUCGAGUACGCCGCGGAGGUCGGCGUCAACCUCGCCACCUACGACUCCGAGGAGGAGGUAGCCAAGGUCAAGCGCUGCCACCCCAAGUGCGAGCUCCUGCUCCGCCUCAAGGGCCCCGACGGCGCCGAGGCCAAGUACAACCUGGGGACCAAGUACGGCGCGCACGCCGAUGAGGUGGUGCCGCUCCUGCGCGCCGCCCAGCGUGCGGGGAUUAACGUGGCCGGCGUCUCCUUCCACGUCGGGAGUGGCGUGUCCCGCGUGGACGUGUACCGCGGGGCAAUCGAGGCCGCGCGCGCGGCGUUCGACGAGGCCGUCGCCGUCGGCAUGCCUCCCAUGCGCGUCCUCGACAUUGGCGGCGGAUUCACAGCGGGUGCUACAUUCGGCGAAGCCGUGGCGGUCAUCAACGAUGCGCUACUGCAUUACUUCGGCGAUCUGCCGUGCGUGGAGGUGAUCGGCGAGCCCGGGCGGUACUUCGCCGAGACAGCGUUCACGCUCGCCGCGCGCGUCAUCGGGAAGCGCACGCGCGGUGAGGUGCGCGAGUAUUGGAUCGACGAUGGGCUCUACGGCUCGCUGAACUGCAUACUCAUGGACCAGUACGAUCCGCGUCCGAGACCGCUGGCCAGCCCGCGCCCCGGCGAGAAGACGCACACGUCUACGGUAUUCGGGCCGACGUGCGACUCGCAAGACAGAAUGGUGACCGAACACCAGCUGCCGGAGAUAAGUGUGGGCGAUUGGCUCAUCUUCGACGACAUGGGCGCCUACAGCACAGCUGCCGGCUCCAAGUUCAACGGGUUCGACACGUCGGAGAUAAAGAUCUACGUGGCGUACUCCAGCUGA